AUGGGUUGUACUCUUUUUGCCAACAAGAGUUCAACCCAUGUACAUGUUGUGCACCUGGAGGCUUUCAGGGACCUGGCCCAGGCAGGGGGAUUCGCCUGGGGAGCGGCUGCAUUGGUCCACAUGUUCAAGCAUCUGAAUGACGCGUCGCAGGCCUCUACACGACAGGUGGGCUGUUACAUUACACUUCUUCAAUGCUGGAUAUACGAGCACUUUCCUACAGUGCAUACAUGCGUUGUGCAUGAUGCUUAUGAUGAGGGGAGCCCACGGGCCUACAGGUGGCUUACGGGUAAGGCUCAUAUGACGGGGAUCAAGGGAGCCCCGUAUUGGAGACGUAUGGAUGCCCUGACUGUGACUGACGUGUGCUAG